UCUCGGUAAGUUUGGAUCGACCGAAACUACAUGUCAAGGUCUUUGAGAACAAGUCAGUCGUCAAAAUGCCAGAUAUAUCACUAAACGAAGGACUUUCGGCUAUUUCAGGAUAUGGUUUAGCAGUAUUCAUUAAUUAUGUACGCAGGAGACCACCCCAUACAGGAAUUUACAUGCAUGCCGUCCUGAUAGCUGGUGGAUAUUUGUGUGGUGGGUUGCUCGACAAGUGGGUUCUUCGUCAGCGGCAUCAGAAACUCCACAUCCUGAAGGAUUACGUCCGGUUGCACCCAGACGAGUUUCCUGAUGAAGAACCAAAGAAGUACAAAGACCUACUGUUGCCAUGGCAGCCAGUUCGAUAAUCAGUUAUUUUGUGUUCAGUUGGACAUGAGCUACAUCUUGGACAUAGAUAAUUAAUUGACACUAAGUGUGUGUAGAGUUUGCUGUUUGCCAAUGUUCAUAAAUAGCGGUCAUGCUUACAACAAAUCUUUGGCACUGUUUUGUAAAUAUUUCCAGUAAUAAACUUGUCAUACUCUUAA